AUGGGGGAUAGUGGCCCCAGUGAGGACGUCCCCGUCCCCACGGCAAGGCGCCAGUCCCCGUUCCCUCUGUCCCACAGCCUCUCUGGGGCGGCUGGCUCAGGCGCCUGGCCCAAGGACGUGGGUGUGCUGGCCCUGGAGGUGUACUUCCCUGCGCAGUACGUGGAGCAGACGGAGCUGGAGCGCUUUGAUGGCGUGGAGGCCGGCAAGUACACGCGGGGCCUGGGCCAGCAGCAGAUGGGCUUCUGCGCCGCCCACGAGGACAUCAACUCGCUGUGCCUGACCGUGGUGCAGCGACUGGUGGAGCGUGCCGGCCUCUCCUGGGACGCCAUUGGCCGCCUCGAGGUGGGCACGGAGACCGUCGUCGACAAGUCCAAGGCCGUCAAGACCGUCCUCAUGGAGCUCUUCCGCGAGUCGGGCAACACCGACGUGGAGGGCAUCGACACCACCAACGCCUGCUACGGCGGCACAGCCUCGCUCUUCAACGCCGCCGACUGGGUUGAGUCCAGCGCCUGGGAUGGCCGCUACGCCGUGGUGGUGUGCGGGGACAUCGCUGUGUACGCCACGGGGAACGCGCGCCCCACGGGGGGUGCUGGCGCCAUCGCCAUGCUGGUGGGACCCAACGCGCCCCUUGCGCUGGAGAGAGGCGGCCGCUACAAGGGGCUGCAGCCUUUCCGUGGCGUCAAGUUGGAGGACACCUACACCAGCAAGGAGGUGGAGAAGGCCUUCCAGGCAGCCAGCCAGGAAAUCUUCAACCAGAAGACCAAGCCCUCGCUGCUCCUGUCCUCCCGCAAUGGCAACAUGUACACGCCGUCCAUGUACGGCUGCCUGGCCUCCCUGCUGGCACAAGCCAACCACACUCCCCACGGCUCUGCCGCGGACCUCUUCCCUGGCACGUGGUACCUGACGCGGGUGGACGACAAGUACCGCCGGCAGUAUGCCAGGAAGCCGCUCUAGCGGCGAGGCCGCUGUGAGU